AUGUUGGCAGGCUUCUAUCUGCUGGCGGCGUCGGCAGCCGUGCUGGUGUUGGCGCAAGCUCCGGCGCGGGGACAAGUGAUUCCUGGGUGCACAACCAUCUCGUUCCAGAUCCCGAGCUGGUUUGUCGGCGACCUCCUGUUCAUCGGCGCCCGCGGCCACGUGAGCAACGUCUCGUUCAACGUCCUCAACCGCGCCGCCAACUACACGGCGGACCUGGCGUGUGCGCUGGGCCAGAGCGGCUGGAACGAGUGUGACGUCCAGGGCACGAACACGUCAGGGCUCCAGGCCUCGGUCUACAUCAACGGGCCGCUUGCGAGUGUCUCGCUGAACCAGACGUGGACGUGCAACGACCGAAACGGGACUGAUCCCUUCCCGUUCACGGCUGCUGGAAAUGGCUCGGUCUGCAAGGCGGUCAACUCGCCGUUCCUCGUCAAGGCCGCCCUCCUCACCCCCGUAGCCAUCACGCCCGUCUACGCCGACGGGCCGACAGGCCACAACACGCCCGGCUGCGCGGCCGCGGCCACGAGCCCCUCGUGGAGCCUGUCGGACAUCCACUAUGUCAACCAGACGGGCGACGGGAUCCAUUCCACAAACCAGGAGAGCUUCAACGUCAUCGUCUACAACGCGGCAAUCGGGUACACGGCGAGCUGCAUGCCCGGGGUCGGCAAUGCCAUGGUGUGCGCCGGCGACGAGUUCGGCUCCAUCGGGAGAGACCGGUACUCGCUCUCGACAGACGCCACGUUUGACCCCCAGACCUUUCGCUUCAGCAUCAACCAGACGUGGUACUGCGACGACGCCGACCCUGGAAAGCCUGUCGCCAUCAAGGCGUCGGCAAGCCAGGUCCUCCCGCUGAAGUGCUCGAGCGCCGCCAUCGAGGGCGUGCCCAACGGCGAGAAGAAGACGUGUGUGACGGACGACACGACGCUCAAGGGCGCGCUCGUGUCGCAGCAGUCACUGGCGCCGUAUUCGAUCGAGGACCCGACCAUCAUGCCGGACGGCUGCACCAUAGAGUCGGUGCUAGGCCCGCAGUGGACGUUCAGCUCGUUCGAGGUCGACACGCCCGACUCCGGCAGCAGCGGCCCGCCGUCGGUCAGCUUCAACGUGAUCCUGCAGACGCAGAACCGCGGCUUCCAGUUCCCUCUCAGCAUCUACCAGGGCGCACCCAUCGCCAACAGCAGCGCGUGGUACGAGUGCGACCUCGGUGGCGGCGGCAACACGGGCCAGCCCCUGUGGCCCAUCGCCUGCAGCUUCCAGUACACGCCGGCCACGCAGGCCCUCGUCCUCAAGGCCGACUGGAGCUGCAGCGAGUUUGAUCCCGUCCACCCCAUUAUCUUCAGCGGCAUCACCACCACGACUAUCAAGAGCCCCAUGUCCUGCAGCACCGCCGAGGGCAUCUCGCAGUGCAUCGCCACCGACCUCUCCUACUCGUGGACGGCUGACAUCCACAACGUCACAUGGUAUACGGGGACACGGUGA